AUGGUUGUACAGAAUCAGACAUGGUUCCAAAGAGCCGACCUGACGCGGUCCAGAAUCGCAUUUUACUUGUUUUUCUGGGCGGCGCAUUUUGGCCUUUUUGCGGCGGGAUGGUACAUACAGGCAUCAGAUAAGAGGUUAGCAGCCCUCAAUGUGCUCAAAUUCUCUGUCUGGAUCUCCCGAGGCGCAGGCCUUGUACUUUCUGUAGACGCAACUUUGAUUCUUCUUCCCAUGUGUCGGAAUCUUCUCCGAUGGCUCCGACCUGGAAUCCGGUGGCUGCCACUUGAUGAAUCUGCUUGGUUUCACCGUCAAGUAGCCUAUGCGCUGUUAUUUUUCACCUGCGUCCAUGUGGCAGCUCAUUAUGUUAAUUUCUACAAUAUUGAGAAGGACCAGAUUCGUCCUGUACUUGCUGUUGAGCUCCACUACAAGACUGCAGCUGGUAUCACAGGCCAUGUGAUGCUAUUGUGCAUGUUGCUCAUAUACACCACGGCCCAUGCUCGAAUUCGACAACAGGCCUUCGAGACUUUUUGGUAUACUCACCACCUUUUCAUUCCAUUCAUGCUGGCGCUAUAUACCCAUGCCACUGGAUGCUUUGUUCGAGACACUGCCGAACCAUAUUCCCCAUUUGCAGGAGAGAAGUUCUGGAACCAUUGCUUAGGCUAUGAAGGGUGGAGGUGGGAACUCGUAGCAGGAGCACUCUACCUCUUUGAACGAUUGUAUCGUGAGAUCAGAGCUAGACAAGAGACUGUGAUUACCAAGGUCAUCCGCCAUCCGUAUGCCGCCAUGGAAAUUCAAUUCCAAAAACCAAGCAUGAGAUACAAGGCUGGACAGUGGCUCUUCCUCCAAGUCCCCAAUGUAUCGACAACCCAAUGGCAUCCAUUUACCAUUACCUCUUGCCCCUUUGAUCCCUACAUCAGUGUUCACGUCCGCCAAGUUGGAGACUUCACUCGAGACCUCGGAGACGCCCUCGGUUGCGGUCCCGCCCAAGCCAAAGAUCUAGAAGGUCUCGAUCCGAACGGAAUGUACGAAGUGGCCCUGCAAAACGGACAAACCAUGCCAAAGAUGCGCAUCGACGGACCUUACGGUGCCCCCGCCGAAGACGUCUUCGAGAACGAAAUCGCCGUCCUCAUCGGAACCGGUAUCGGUGUCACACCCUGGGCAUCGAUUCUGAAAAAUAUCUGGCAUCUACGUUCAAGUCCAAACCCACCCCGUCGUCUCCGCCGUGUCGAGUUUAUCUGGAUUUGCAAGGAUACCUCCUCGUUCGAAUGGUUCCAGGCUCUUCUUUCUUCUCUGGAAUCUCAAUCUGCAAGUGCAGCCGCGUUUAAUGACACCACUGAGUUCUUGCGAAUUCAUACAUACUUGACGCAAAGACUUGAUGCCGAUACUGCUGCGAAUAUCUACUUGAAUUCUGUUGGCCAGGCUCUUGAUCCCUUAACUGAGCUGCGGAGUCAGACGAAUUACGGUCGUCCGGAUUUUAAGCGCUUGUUCAAUGCCAUGCGUAAUGGGUUGCUCGAUCAGACGUACAUGAGUGGUUUCCAAAGUGUUUCUACAACUGAGAUUGGAGUCUAUUUCUGUGGACCUAAUACUGCAGCCAGGCAAAUUGAUGAUGCUGCCAAGUCUGCCUCGACGAAGGAUGUUCGGUUCAAGUUCUGGAAGGAACACUUCUAG